AUGGGAAGCAUAGGAGAGCCACCGACCGAGCUUGAUUAUGAGGUCCUAGUCAUUGGAGCAGGUUUAUCUGGCAUCUUCACAUUGUAUCGUAUGCAACAGUUUGGUAUCAAAACUAUUGCACUAGAAGCUGCAUCAGGAGAGGGCGGAACAUGGUUCUGGAAUCGAUACCCAGGCGUACAAUUCGAUUCAGAGAGUGUCAGCUAUGGAUUUUCAGAGAUGUCGCAAGAAGUGCUGGACGAAUGGAACUGGACGGAGACAUUCGCUCAUGGAGACGAGACAUUGCGAUACGCCCAAUUUCUCACAGAUAAAUUUAACCUCCGACAGUACAUGCAGUUCAACACUAGAGUAAAGUCUGCUCGAUGGCGAGAAGAAUCGAAUUCUUGGCUAGUGACAGACCAGUCAGGAAGGACGUACAGCACACGAUUCAUCAUCACGGCACUAGGUAUCUUGAACGAGCCAACCCUGCCCAAUAUCCCCGGAAUAGAGGACUACCGCGGCGAAGCAUUCCACACAUCGCGAUGGCCUCGUGAAUGGACGUUCAAAGACAAGCGUGUCGGGAUCAUCGGCACUGGUGCAACUGCAAUUCAGAUCAUCCAAGAAAUCGUAAAGCCACAGUACGGCAUGAAGUCGUUAACAGUCUUCCAACGAACGCCGAAUUGGUCUGCGCCACUCCGCAAUGAGCCUAUCUCGUCGGACGAGAUGAAGGUCUACAGAGACAAAUAUCCAGAAAUCUUCGACCAAUGUUCGAAAUCAUACGCCGGAUUCCUGCAUGUUGCCGAUACUCGCAAGACAUUAGAAGUACCAGAAGACGAGCGACUGGCCUUCUGGGAACAGCUCUACGCAAAACCAGGCUUCGCCAAAUGGCUUGGCAAUUUCGCAGACAUCAACACCGAUCGCGACGCAAACGCAGCAUUCAGCGCCUUCAUUGCGCAAAAGAUUCGUGCACGAGUGCACGACCCCGUCACAGCCGAGAAAUUGAUCCCCAAAACCCACGGCUUCGGCACAAGAAGAGUCCCGCUGGAGACCCAUUACUUCGAAGCCUACAACCAAGAAAAUGUCCGCCUCGUCGACGUCGCGCACGAAGCCCCAAUCCAACGCAUCACGCACACCGGGAUUCUGCUCCAAAGCGGCGAACACAUCGACCUCGACGCCCUCAUCUACGCCACGGGCUUCGACGCCGUCACAGGCCCCAUGACCGCCAUCGAAUGGCAAGGCGUGCACAACACCCAACUCCCCGAAAUCUGGUCCCAAGGCCCACGAACCUAUCUCGGCCUCUUCGUCCACCGCCUCCCCAACAUGAUGAUGAUCCUCGGCCCCCACCAAGCGUUCGGGAACAUCCCACGCUCGAUCCAAUUCGCGGGGACGUGGGUUUCGGAAUUCGUGCGGUUUUGCAAGGAACGACAUCUUACGCGUGUGGAGUGUCGGGCGGAGAAGGUGGAGGAGUGGACGCAACAUGUUUGGGAUUGUGCGAAGGGGUUGUUGAUGAAUGAGGUGGAUUCUUGGAUGACGGGGGUGAAUAGGAAUGUCAAGGGGAAGCAGAAGAGGAUUGUGGCUAGGUAUAGUGGUUCGGGACCCGGGUAUCGGAGGAGGUGUUUGGAUGUUGCGGAGAAUGGGUAUCGGGAUUUGGAUUUGGAGUGA